AUGAAGUUUGACUCCGACUUUCGCAAUCAACUGCGUUUUCUCUAUGAAUUCCUCGCUUAUUGCAUCAGUGUGGAGGGGCUUGGUGGAGAUAGAAACGUCAUAGCGAAAGCGCCUGCACCUGCGCUGCCACGUCGGGCUGCGCCCAAUGAAGACUACGACUUGCCAAAAGGUCCAGUUCCUUUGACCAUUAACCCACCGCAGAAUGAAGAAUACAGCUUGCCGAAGAAGGGACUGCCCGGUUAUCCCUCGUUAGGCGAACCCUCCACUGGUAUGCCUUCGCGGCCACUGCCUACUCCAUCGACACUGAACCCACCGCAGAAUGAAGAAUACGGCUUUCCAAAGAGGGAACUACCCAGUGAUCAAGGCGAGCCAUCUAUACCUCAACGACCAAUGCUUCCUGGUUCGGCCUCACAAAAGUUCGGCGUUGACGCACAGAAUGGACGCUUUGUGUUGCCUGGUCAGCCACGUCCAGGUAAGUCAUCGCCAGGCGUGCAUCUCGUCAUCUAUUAUGCCCAUCUAGGUUGGGCCCAGUCUCGUUGA